CAUAUUCUUUUAGCCUUUUGCAAAAUCAGAGAGAAGGAUGAGGGGAUUAGGGAGUUUGAUUGUGCGAGCUCGAAGAAUUCCGGGAUUGAAUCCUCGAGGCGUUGGGAAGAUCCGAUUUGUCUCUGCUGCAGCAACUUCUUCUCUAUUCCGCGGCGAAGAAGCUGCUUCCGAUUCUGUAUCGUCUAGAACUUGCUCUGAUUCUUACUUGCGCUCCUGGAAAUGGAACCGAUUCGGAGGACAGAGAAGAACAAUGUUCAUCGAAACUCAAUCAACGCCCAAUCCUUCGUCUCUCAUGUUCUAUCCUGGAAAGCCUGUUAUGGAAGUUGGGAGUGCUGAUUUUCCUAAUGCGCGUUCGGCUAUGAACUCCCCACUGGCGAGAGCCCUUUAUGGUGUUGAUGGUGUUGUUCGAGUUUUCUUUGGAUCAGAUUUUGUUACUGUUAGAAAGUCAAAUGAUGCUUCUUGGGAUUUCCUGAAGCCCGAAAUUUUUGCUGCAAUCAUGGACUUCUAUUCUUCGGGGCAACCACUGUUUCUAGACUCUCAAACUGCUGCUGCCAUGGACACAGCUAUCAAUGAAGAUGAUUCUGAAACUGUUGCUAUGAUUAAAGAGCUGCUCGAGACCCGUAUUCGACCAGCAGUGCAAGAUGAUGGUGGAGAUAUUGAGUACAGGGGAUAUGAUGAAGAAACUGGUAUUGUCAACUUAAGAAUGCAAGGAGCAUGCAGCGGCUGCCCAAGCUCAUCUGUCACUCUAAAAUCUGGCAUUGAAAAUAUGUUGAUGCAUUAUGUACCUGAGGUGAAGGGCGUGGAACAAGUAUUUGACAUCGAGGAAGACGAUGUAAAGUCAACCAGCCAGAUGGAGUAAAAGGUGAGCUGGUCGAUUUGUUCUUUGUUUCGUUGACCCACAACACAAUCUCGAGGGUAACACGUACGAGUUGGUCGAUUCCUUCUUCGUCGGGUCAAGCUACAAGCCUACAAGCUAAAAAACCAUAGUUUAUAGAGUUAGUGUUACUUUUAUUCCUCGCUAAGAAAAUAAAUCUGUGAAUAUUGAACCGUAACUAGGAUUUCAUGGACUUUAUUUUGGACUU